AUGUGGAAAAAAAAGUUUACGAGUAAAGAACUAAAAGAGGCUUUAGAAAUAUUUCAGAACCAAAUCGAAAAUGGUGACUACAAGAUUCUUCAGUUUUGGGUAGAUAUUACAAAACCACAUGUUG